GCUUGUAUAUUGGCCUCAAUAUUGGCUGAAUUGGCUUGUAUACCUACGUGUGUCUGGUGUCUGUCAUUCAGGAAAAGAUCAUUCAAUUUAAUUGUUUAUAAUUCUAAAAUAAGUUAUUUUUCAUUUAUUAUUCAAUGUAAUUUAUUUUAUAAACCUCAAGAUUACUUUACUUAAAUUUGCUUUUAAUCUGUAACCAUGAACAUUAACAGAUUGAGUCCUGUCGGAUUAAAACUUUUUAAUUUAUUUAAAGAGUGUAGAAAGGUGUACAGCGUAAGAAAACUAUCGUCUGAGAUUAAUUUUGUUAGCUAUGUUAAGUUAAACAUCAGCUUGGGAAUGGGGUUAGCUUUUAUAUGGCCAAUGAAGAAAAAGAGUGAAACUAAAGUUGAAGAUAAGGUUGAGAAAGCUCCAUCGAUAGUAGAAACAGCUGACGAAUUAUUUGAAAAUGGCCACUAUGAAGAAUGUUAUAGGAUUCUUCUUCAUAGCGAAGAGAAUGAUAAUGUAGAAGUACAGUGGCGUAUCUGCCGUGCUUUGUAUAACAUGUCUAAGGAGCCUAAAUAUGAUGAAGCAUUGAGGAAAGAUUAUGUAUCAGAAGCAUUUGAACUCAUAUCUGAGCAACUGGAGCGAAAUUGGCAACAUUUUGCAGUACAGAAGUGGUAUGCUUUGUUGUUAGAUGCUAAAAGUAACUAUAAUGGAAUCAAGGAAAGGAUAAAACAGUUGGAAAAUGUUAAGAAACAUAUGGAUCUUGCUGUCACAAUAAAUCCAAAUGAUGCAACAACACUCUAUAUGUUGGGAGAGUGGUGCUAUCAGGUGGCUGAUAUGCCUUGGCAUCAGAGGAAAAUAGCAGAGGUUCUGUUUGCUUCGCCACCUCGCUCUACCUAUGAAGAUGCACUUGAAUAUUUUCUCAGAGCAGAAACUGUUCAACCACGGUUUUACAGCUUAAAUCUACUUAGACUUGGCAGUUGUUAUAUGAAACUCCAAAAAGAAGAUCAGGCUAAAUAUUAUCUCGCCCUCGCUGCUAGCUACCCAGCCAAGUCUAAUGAUGAUCAUUUGGCAAACAAAGAAGCCGCAGAAUUGUUGAAGAAAUUGAAAAAUUAAAUAGAUAAGAAAUUUUAUACCUAUCUGUAAAAUAUCGAUUAUAUUCCACAUUUUUUAUAAAAAAUGUUUACAUUCAUGUUUUUAAUGAAAAAUCUAAAGAGCAAUGUUAUAGUAUAUAGUAUUUUUGUAAUUUUACAAUAAAGCUUUUUUAUGAUGUCAA